CAGUAGAUUCCAUUUUGCGCUUUUUGGUCCCCUUUCUGUACUCAGUGGCCUCUUCAUAUUUCAUUUCUUCCUUUUCCUGCGAGGGAGAGUGUGGACGAUGAGAAUUUGAGGAGGCAUAGGAGAAGAGAAGUUGGUCGAUCGAGAAAAAUGUCUUCCGGAGCUCCCUCCUCCGACCACCAUACUUGUAUCCCUCUUCCUGCAAAAUCUGGUAUCAGCAGUCCAAUCAAUGAGGCUGAUUUCCCACAAGCUCCCAUUUACAUAGUUACUCAUGCGUCUCAACUCCCUUCUGCGUUUUUGGAGCCCUGCGUGGAUAGUCAACUGAUCAUUGGCUUUGACUGUGAGGGUGCUGAUCUUUGUCGGACUGGUGCUCUUUGUGUCAUGCAGCUUGCAUUUAAAGAUGCUAUAUACUUGGUGGAUGCUAUUGAAGGAGGGGAGCUGCUUAUUCAAGCUUGUAAGCCUGCUCUUGAAUCAAGUUAUGUCAAAAAAGUUGUUCAUGACUGCAAACGGGAUAGUGAGGCACUGUAUUUUCAGUUUGGCAUUAAAUUGCAAAAUGUGAUGGAUACCCAGAUUGCCUAUACCCUGAUAGAGGAACAAGAAGGAAGGAAGCGGUCCCCUGAUGACUACAUUUCCUUUGUGAGCUUGCUUGCAGAUCCCCGCUAUUGUGGUAUAUCAUACCAUGAGAAACAAGAAGUGCGCAACCUUCUUCGAAAGGACCCUGCAUUCUGGAGUUACAGACCAUUAACAGAGAUGAUGAUCCGUGGUGCUGCUGAUGAUGUUCGUUUUCUUCUUUACAUCUAUCACAAGAUGAUGGAAAAGUUGAAUGAGCAAUCCUUAUGGCAGCUUGAAGUGCGUGGUGCUCUAUAUUGCCGUUGCUUCUGUAUCAGCGAUAAUGAUUUUGCAGAUUGGCCAGCUCUUCCUUCUAUUCCAGAUAACCUACUUACUGAGGGCAAUGUUCCUGAGGGCGAGAUUCUCUCUGUUAUAAGUGUACCUUUCGGCAAAAUGGGGCGGAUUAUUGGAAGACGAGGGGCAUCUAUUCUCUCUAUCAAACAGUGUUGCAAUGCGGAGAUUUUAAUUGGAGGUGACAAAGGGCCGCCAGACAAGAUUUUUGUGAUAGGGUCUGUGAAGGAGGUGCGGAAAGCAGAAGCCAUCAUUCGUGGCCGGAUGUUGGACUAAUGGCGAACUUAUAUUGCCCAAUCUGCUUUACUUGUGCAUGUUUUGACUAACUCAGGCUUGAUGUGUGGUUUCCCUCCAUGUAAGGCUACAUUCUACCCAUCAAUAGUGCAUUUGCACCAGGAUCAUUCUGCUACA